AGCUCCUCCCCCUGCUCUGAAGCUGUACGUACGUGUCUUUUCUCUCCCGCCGCACAGAAGGAUGGAGAUCCGGUGCCGUUCUCUCGCUUUCCUGCUCGCCGUCUUCCUCGUCCAAACAGCCGCUGAAGAGAAGGAGCAGCCCCGGGCCGGCCGGGCUCACCAGGAUGGCGAGUGUCACUUCUACGCUGGGGGGCAGGUGUACCCCGGGGAGGCCACCCGUGUGCCCGUUUCCGACCACUCCCUGCAUCUGAGCAAGGCGAAAAUUUCCAAACCUGCUCCAUACUGGGAAGGAACAGCUGUGAUAAAUGGAGAAUUUAAAGAGUUGAAGCUCACAGAUUACAAGGGAAAAUACUUGGUGUUCUUCUUCUAUCCUCUGGACUUCACAUUUGUAUGUCCUACAGAAAUUAUUGCUUUUGGAGACCGUAUAGAAGAAUUCAGAUCAAUAAAUACAGAAGUUGUAGCUUGCUCGGUGGACUCUCAAUUCACCCACUUGGCAUGGAUUAACACACCACGAAAACAAGGAGGACUUGGUCCAAUGAAAAUUCCUCUGCUUUCUGACCUAACUCAUCAGAUCUCAAAAGAUUAUGGUGUAUACCUGGAGGACCAAGGUCACACUCUAAGAGGGCUCUUCAUCAUAGAUGACAAAGGAGUCCUCCGACAGAUUACCAUGAAUGAUCUUCCUGUUGGGCGAUCUGUAGAUGAGACCCUUCGUCUUGUGCAAGCAUUUCAGUACACUGACAAACAUGGGGAAGUGUGCCCUGCUGGUUGGAAACCUGGCAGUGAAACCAUCAGGCCUGAAGAUGCUAUGAAAGCUUGGUGGCCAAGACAAGAGUUAUAAUUCCUGACCCAGCUGGAAAAUUGAAGUAUUUUGAUAAACAACACUAACCUUUUACAGCAACCAAAUUAUACAUGGAUCAGUAACUAAUAAAACUGGUUAAUUCACAUUCAAUAAAA